AUGUGGUGUAACAAUAUCCAGUUUUCUCGAGGUCUGUUCACAACUGCCGGCCUUGUCCUGACCUCGAACCUCCGAGUCUCUGACCCCGACAGUACAUAUACUCCAGGAGAUAAAGCCACCGGCAUGGUUCUCGAUCGACUCCAGCAGUUGACCUACCAAGUCCACGGCACAUCUGCCCCGCCACACCCAUUUGAUCCUCUCUCAACGAAAGAGAUUGAGGCCGUGGUUGCGAUUGUGCGAAAGGAACAUGGCAAACUUAACUUCAAUGCAGUGACCUUGUAUGAGCCGCGAAAGGCGGAGAUGCUGGCGUGGCUCGCCAAUCCUGACGGAGCUCCUCGGCCAGCCCGUGCAGCUGAUGUUGUUGCGAUUUCGCCAGGAGGUAAAUUGUACGACGGGGUGGUCAACUUGGACCAGAAUAAGAUCGUUGAAUGGAAGCACACUCCCAAUGCGCAGCCUCUUAUCACCAUGGAGGAUUUGCAGGAAGUGGAGCAUGUUGUGCGCAAGGACCCUAAAGUCAUUGAACAAUGCACCAUCAUUGGAAUUCCUCCUGAUGAGAUGCACAAAGUCUACUGCGAUCCAUGGACCAUCGGAUAUGACGAGCGCUUUGGGAAUCAAGUGCGGUUGCAACAAGCUCUGAUGUACUACCGACCCCAUCCGGAUGACUCCCAGUAUACAUUCCCUCUGGAUUUCUGCCCUAUCUUCAACUCCGAGACUAAAGAGAUUAUCCACAUUGAUGUGCCUCCUAUCCGACGACCGGUCAAUAAGGCACCUCCCAACAACUACCACGUCGCGGCGAUCGAGAAAGAAGGCGGAUACCGUAAGGACAUCAAGCCUCUUCAUAUCACUCAGCCCGAGGGCGUGUCUUUCACAGUGAAAGACCGCAUUAUCGAGUGGCAGAAUUGGAGCGUCCAUGUAGGUUUUAACUACCGUGAAGGAAUCGUCCUGAACAACAUCACUUUCAACGACAAGGGCAAUGUUCGCCCAGUCUUCUACCGGCUUUCUCUGGCUGAGAUGGUUGUUCCAUACGGCAAUCCUGAGCACCCACAUCAGCGAAAGCACGCUUUUGAUCUGGGUGAAUACGGUGGCGGUUACAUGACCAACAGCCUGUCGCUGGGAUGUGACUGCAAGGGAGCUAUCCACUACAUGGAUGCUGCAUUUGUCAACCGCGCGGGUGCCGCCAACAUUAUCAAGAAUGCUAUCUGUAUCCACGAAGAAGAUGCCGGCAUCCUUUUCAAGCACACGGAUUUCCGCGACGAUUCAACAAUCGUCACCCGCGGUCGUAAGCUGAUCAUUUCGCAUAUCUUCACCGCCGCGAAUUAUGAGUACUGUGUCUACUGGAUCUUCCACCAAGAUGGUACAAUCCAAUUGGAGAUUAAGCUCACCGGGAUCUUGAACACCUACUCGCUCAAUCCUGGUGAAGACACCAAGGGCUGGGGAACUGAGGUCUAUCCCGGUGUCAAUGCCCACAACCACCAGCAUCUGUUCUGUCUUCGAGUCGACCCUAACAUUGAUGGACCGAACAACACAGUCUUCCAAGUCGAUGCCGUUCAGGGCCCUGGAGAAGUUGGAAGCGCCGAGAACAAGUACGGGAAUGCUUUCUACGCAAAGAAGACCAAGUUUACCACUCCCGUUGAAGCCAUGUCCGACUACGAUGGAUCUACCUCUCGUACUUGGGAGAUGGCCAAUACAAACAAGCUCAACCCAUACAGCAAGAAACCCGUUUGCUACAAGCUUGUCAGCCGCGACGUCCCUCCUCUCCUUCCCAAAGCGGGCGGUCUGGUGUGGAAGCGUGCAGGGUUCGCGCGCCACGCAGUACACGUCACUAAAUACGACGACAACCAAAUUCAUCCGGCCGGCCGCCACGUCCCCCAAACCUCUGGUGAACCCUCGCAGGGCUUACCGGACUGGAUCGAAGCUGCUGGGCCCGAUAGCUCAAUUGAUAACACUGAUAUUGUCCUUUGGCACACUUUCGGCCUUACUCAUUUCCCAUCACCUGAAGACUACCCCGUCAUGCCCGCCGAGCCUAUGACUCUUCUGCUGCGUCCUCGACACUUUUUUGACAGAAACCCUGUUCUUGAUGUGCCGCCGAGCUUCGCUCGCACGCCGACCCAGGUGGCAUCUGGAUCGAACAACUGCGCAUGCCGCAAGAAUGAUGGAUCGAGUGUGCAGGUUUGA